AUCGAUUUUCCGCCACCACUAACAUCACGCCUCCAAAUAUCGAUUGCAUUUUAUUUUGUUGUAAUAAUAAUCUUUUGCAAAUUUGGCAUAUAAUCACCAAUACUUGUUGACCAAAGGGCUGGAAGACCACCGAAACCGCAGACGGCAGUAUUAGGCACCACCCCAAAGGCCCGGAAACAAGGGCGCCAGUGUAAAUCAGCCGGAAGUCGCGGAAAACACUUAGCGGCUUUUCGCGAGACGCCGACUUGGGCAGAGGAAAAGCGAGGAAAGCGGGAAAGGCCAGCGCCAGCCCCAUCGAACUACGGACAUGUCGCGCAGCGUGCGGGCGGAAACCCGCAGCCGGGCCAAGGAUGACAUCAAGCGCGUGAUGCAGGCGGUGGACAAGGUGCGCCACUGGGAGAAGAAGUGGGUGACCAUCAGCGACACCACCAUGAAGAUCUACAAAUGGGUGCCCAUCGCCUCCGCCAGCGAGAAGAAGUCCAAGCUGGAGGUCUCGCCGGGAUCGACCGCUGCCCGGCGACCGCCCACCGGCUCAGGAGUGGCGCCCGUCAGCGGCAGCAAGAGCGACAAGGAGAACUCGCAGAAGGGCACGCCCACGCCGCCUCAGAUCACGCCCAGCUACCAGGGACUCACCGCCGAGGACUCCAACACCUGUUUCUCCGUCGUGUCCGACAGCCAGGGCGCCGACUUCGUGUCGAGUAUGCCCUUCUCCGAGGACUCGAACUCGCAGGGCAGCGAUGGGCCCGUGAAGCGCCUGAAGACAAGCGACUAGCCAAACAUUCGCAGCCACAGCGCCAACAGCAGCAGCAGCAACUAACUAAGAGCCCUAGUUAAGUUAGAUUAGCACCGACAGCACCGACGGAGGUCGAUGUCGCGAUCGAAAUCGAAAUCGCCAAGAUGAUGACGAGAGUAUCUGCCUCAGCCCAAGACUUAAGCAAUUCUCCUACUCUAACUGUUUACGACCGGUAGUUGCCUCCGCCUGAAGCCUCAUUCAAUCAUCAUCGUGGCGGGGGCAGCUGCAGGUCGAUAGGUCCAUAGCGUUAAGCUCAAAUGUAACAACUAAUUUAUUAGAACACCGCGCGAAUCGAUUGCAAACGAUCCUAGAAAGGAUAUGUAAUAAUGUAAGAGAGGGUUAAGUAGGAGCAGCCACUCUGAAUGUUGUAAAUCAUGUAAAGCUUUUUAACUUGCAAUUUCUAUUCGAUUUGACGUAAAGUAGUGACUAAAUAGGUGUGCUAAUAUAAGAAUACAUUUUUUUCACGAAAUUGGCUCGAAAACGAUUUGUAUUGUACUUAUCCACAACCAGAUUUACCAUGUCGAUUUUAAGCGUUUUUCUACGCAUUCAGUGAAUGCAACCGACUUCGAAUCGAAACGUUUAAAAGCGAAUAGUUGUAGAUUCCAGGUUGCGAAAAGAUUUAACAAAUCCAGAUGAAAUUGAAAAUAAAAACGAACCCUCGCUAGAUAUAAAUGCACAAAGAUAAUGCGAAAUCGAAAACCUAACCAGUAAACCUCUUUAUAGUAUAUUUGUACACCUACCAAUAGAAAUAUGACACUAACUGCCGGCUGGCCACGAAGAACAUGAUGAAUGUCACCUGAA